AUGACGAAGCGUCCUACGAUCCUCGCAUCCGGCCUCGCCUACCAAUCGCCAAACAUAGGCAUAAACUUAAGCGAAUGCCAAGAGUGCGGCUCAGCGCGGCUCUUACCUCCAGAGGACAUCUACCAGACUUUCGAAUGGGACAAGAAGAUUGCCGAAGGGAAUCCCACCAUGAUGCCAGACGACCCCAAAGUUCCCCAAGAUGCCGUCCAUAGUGUAGUGCUAGCAGACCCCGUUCGGCUAUGCACCCCCAGUGAAGGAUAG